UCUCCUCGAAGUGCUAGCCGUCGGUGUGUGUUGUUGUUGAAGCAAUGAUGGCGGCAGCGGGAUGCGGAUCAGCAACCGCGGCUGCCGUAGGAGGCCAAGGUGGAACCGCUACGGCCAGAGGUCGUUUCCCCGGUCGGCCUUGGUCGUCACGCAGUCGUUUGCGCUCCGAGAAGCGAUGGCAACUCGGACGAUCAGGCUUAGAAGCUGAUGAUGUGACUAACGGAGGGCCAAGGCCCGCAAACCUGGUUCUAUCGUUAAACGAAGACCAGUCUCACUUGCGCUUACUUGGGAUAGAGGCGAGCCACCAGACCCUUGGCCAGGCUGGAUACAGCUCUAGUGGGAGUGAAGAGGUGAGGUCCCAAACCGAACCAGGAGGAGAUGACUUCAGAGGAUUUGAAGCUGAGAGAAAAAGCUCCAAAGGACCUGUAUGGUCACGACAAAACCCUUCCAAAGGUGAUGCUGUCAACACAAAAUCUAAACGACAAAGUGAGAAGCUACCGCUUAAAACGCCAGCAGCAGACGCAGAUAUUACCCCACCUGAUCCUGUAAAGGAUGUAAAAUCUUUGGAAGAAACGCAUGGCUUAACUCCUGAAGCAGAGCCUGCAAAGGAUCGCAGGAAAGGUUCAAAACGAAAAAACACUAUGGAUCGACAGUCCACUAAAAGCGGAGCCUCAUCAGCAGCACCAAGGAUUACUAUUAAGUUGGUGGCCAAAAAGAAAAUGAAAACCGUAAAGGAGCCUCAUAAAAAAUCUGCUAAGAAGCUGAAGGUAAAAGGAAUCGAGGAUCAGCCUAAAGCCAAGGACAUUCAGGGUGACCAGAUUUCCAGUGCUCAUGUCAAAUUAAAAACUGAACCUCAUGAGGAUAAACAUGGCACAGAAGAUAAGGGAGGGGGGACUGUACCUGGAAGAAGGCGUGGGAGAUCUGCUUCAAAGACAACAGAGCCAGUCUGCCAGACUGGCGCCAAAGUUGUGGUUGAUGACCAAAAAUCAAAAGAGAGAAAAUCAGCUGAUCAACUUGACACUGUAAAGGAGAGCGAGGCUGUGGAGCCAAAAAGGAAUGCAAUGAAAUUAAAGCAUAAGGAAACUGUGUCAGACCAAGGUUCUGAAAUUAAUCAGCAAGUCAUUCGUAGAAGCAAUAGAGUCACCACCCCACUGAGUAAAAAAGUCUCAGGCAGUGCAGCUGAACCAGAAAGUCUGAGUAAAAGUGAUGCCCAUCUGGUGGAGUCAAAGCCGGAAGUUUCUCAAACAGUGGAGACCAAGCCAUCAGCGAGGAAGGACAGACGAAGGCAAAGCAAGAGGUUGAAUAAGGAUACUACAGUGCCAGAAAACCACGGCCCAUCACCCACAGAGACUGAUCAUUUAGCUGCGCAAUCCAAGGACACUUUGCCUUUUAAAAAUGAGGAAAUGCGGGUCCCAAGUUUAAAGUUGAAGAAGAUCAGAAAUCCAAAAUAUGAUCCACAGGGCAGUGGGAAGAACUCAACACGAAAGAAAAAACAGAGAAAAAAAUUUAUCUGGACUUUAACAUUAGUGAAGGGAGAAAGUCAGACACAUAGUUCUGAAAACACUGUCAAAGUAACAGAAAAGACUGUGAGUGAAGUGGAUCAGUCCACUUUUUUUGACACGAGUGUCAAGAAGAGUGUGAUGGUGAUGGAUAAAAAAUCAAAACCAGAUAAUUCAGCCCCACAAGAGAGUAAAAGCUUGGACAAUAAUGAGAAAGAUUCCCAAAACAAGGCUGAUGUGUCAGUUGAGGAAAAGUCCACUUUGCAGGUAGAACUUGAAGUGGAACAUGAAAAUGAAACACCUCCUCAAGAAGUGACUAAAAUGGAUUGUGGGAAAAUUCCACCUCUUCAGAUCAAAAAGGUCUCCUCUCCUGGGAAACAUAAAAGCUCAAAACCAUCCUUUUUAAUUCAGCAAGUUAGUCCUGUGUCUGAAAAGAAAGAUGAUGUCCUGAAAGAUCUAAGUGAAAUUAGUGAGGAUAAAUCAUCAUCAUGUCUGAAUACUGAAGUCACACCAACCAGGAGACUAAGGAGGAGGACAUUAAGCUUUGAUUCACCACAAACAAAGUCUGUCAGUCAGAAGCCAGUGACCACUCAGAAACGGAGGCUUAGAACGAGUUCACAGGAUGAAGAUGCACAGCAGGUGCAUGUUGAAGAUUCCUUUCAGGCAUCAACUGGAGAUUCCAGCUCACAUGGUCUUCCUAAAAACUCCAUUCAGGAUUUGGCUGAGGAACCCUCACUGAUGACCAGUGUAAACUCCACUGAAGUUCCUCAUGAGGAUUCCUCAAAGAUUGCUGAGGAUUCUUCAAAGAUUGCAGAGGAUUCCUCAAAGAUCACUGAGGAUUCCGUAAAGAUUGCAGAGGAUUCCUUAAAGAUUGUUGAUGAUCCCUCACCAGUGCCAGUUGAAGUUUCUCCACCAAAUGUGGACAGUGAGGUAGAACCACAGAUUGAAGAGGCCAAACCAUUGCCUGUGCCUUCUAAACCUAAAAGAUGUAGAAAUAAUAAACUAGGGAAAAAGAGGUCUGUUCAAAGGAAGAAGCCCGUUGUUGUUCCUGAAACUGCUGUCAGUGCAGAGUUGGCUACAGUUGAAGCUACUAUCGCAGAUGUACUAAAGGAAGAUGCUCAGCCUUUAGUAACAGAAGUCAGUCAGCCAGAAACAAAAGAUUGCACCCAGCCUGAGGCAAAACAGGACGAUGUGUCAGUGGAAGAAGAGCGGAUACAGCUAUUGGUAAAAGAGGAAACCGACAUUCAGUUGAUAGAUAGUCAGCCAGCCUUGGUGGAAGAAAGUCAAGUAAGCGAUCCAAAAACACUGUGCCUACAAAAGAAAUCUCUGAAAAAAGUAAAAAAGAGGCGUAAAAGUUUGAUCGGGCAGCGUCAGAAACAUAGACACAGGGGCAGAGAUGGGAAGUUUGCUCCACUUAAAAUAUCUGAAAGUCAGAAAAUUGUUGAGGGGGACAGUGACAUUUCCACUUCAUUGGCAGCUAUUACACCGACCCCAAGCCCCAAACUUAUUGGAGUACAAAAAAAGUGCAAAAAAAGACCCACAGGACUUCAUUUUCUUGGGUCGAAAAGGCCAAAACCACAGUCUAAAAUCAUUUCUAAACUGAUGGAAAUGGGGCUUGACAAUGAAGGUUUGAAGCAGGAGGAAACAGACACAUUAGUUGAUGGAGGACGAGCAGAUGUUGUAGAUGCCCAGCCUGGUAAAUCAAAGUUUGUGAAAAACAUCAAGCACUUCAUUAUGCCUGUUGUAAGUGCCAGAUCCUCACGAGUGAUCAAGACCCCGCAAAGGUUCAUGGAUGAUGCUGGAAUGUCGGUAUUGCCUCGAAGAAACUCACCAAAGAAGGGUUUACAAUUGGGCUUGCAGAUGCGCCCCGUAAAGAGGCGAGAUGACGGGAUGGGCAGAGCAAUAUCCCCUAUCCUGCCGGUUGACGAGGAGGACAUUUUGAGUGAAGCUCAACUGGAUGUCGAUCUGUUUUCAGCUCAGGACCUUGAUGACGACAUUGACAUAGCUGACAGCCUAUUUUCAGAGAAAAAAAGUGGCAAAAUUGAAAAGAAGAAGUCUCUAAAGAACUCUGCUUUCAAGUGGCAGUUGCCAGAAGAGUCGCUAGAGGACGUGUAUACACUGGACAAAACCUCAGAGGACAAAUAUGAGGAUCUGUUUCUAUCUACACCAGUUGAUAAGCCCACAGAUCUAUCUACUGACCUCCUGGAUGCCCAGAAAAAGAAAAAUUCCCCUAAGUUCAAUAAACAAGCGGCUCACCUCAAGAUUUAUCAAAGGCUAAAGAAGGCACACACGGGUCUUCCAAAAAGCAAGACCACAACAGAGGUGGAUAGUGUGAGCAAACCUCUUCAGCCUCCAGUUGAUUUAGCAGAAGGACUUGAUGAUGAGGCCAUGAGUAUCAGCCUUAGGCAACGGAAUACAAAUGCAGAAAAGGGCAAAUCCAAGCUUAAGAUAGAAGACCUUGAUUCUCCUGGAGUGGUGAGAAAAGUUUCUGUGUGUGUUAGAACUAUGAACUCCAAGUCUAGUGCAUUUCAGCACGGAAAAGAGGAGGGUUUAGCAGGAAAAGACACUGCCCAGCAUCACUCAGGAGAGCUGCAGUCAGAAAAGAACUCAGGCGCAGGUGAAGGCGGUUUUCCUGGAUCUGUGGAGAAGGGAGCUUCACAAAGAGCGCGCCUCACUGGUGCAAAUAAAAGAAUGUUUAAUCUCCUCAGGAAAGCCAAGGUCCAACUCAUCAAGAUUGACCAGCAGAAACAGCUUAAAUCAUCUGGGUUGUUAUCUGGCCCGACUGGCGCCAGGUCUCGAGACGUGACCUCUAAGAGGCAAAGGAGGAAACAAAGGGUUAAGCUUGAUGCUGAUGUUCCAGUCAAGAUAGAACCACCUCAAGGACAACCGCAGCUCAUCUCCCCGCUGUGUCAGGAGUUCCGUAGAGCAGGAGGUCCACGCAUCAAGCAUGUGUGUCGUGCUGCAUCCGUGGUGCUGGGGCAGCCUCGAGCCUUGGUACCAGAUGACAUUCCCAGACUGAGUGCUUUGCCUCUGCAUGAAAGAACUGGCAUUUCCCCUUCAGCCAUCCCUAAAGAUAUUGGGUCUCCCUCUGAAUCAGACAGUCCCGGGCUGUCAGAUCCAAAGGUCACCAAGGUCAAGAAGCCGUCGAACUUCGUGAAACGGAAAGGACUCGGGCCAUUUGGAUAUCGCUCACGGAGGUGUGGAGUAUGCAAAGGCUGCAACCACGAGGAUGAUUGUGGCAAGUGCAUGAACUGCCUCGACAAACCCAAGUUUGGUGGUCCCAAUACCAAACGGCAGUGUUGCGUGUAUAAGAGAUGUGAUCAAAUUGAGGAGAGAAAAGCACGCAGACUAAGUGGAAGGACAGCACCCAAAGGUGCCUCCAAGCGACGGCGAUCCUCUCUCAGCGGGGGUCAUUCAAGUAAUGAUGAAGGGAACGAGGGUGCUGCGGACUCACCAUCUGGUCUUCAGGGCGACGGUCACAGUCCAUCGGUAAGGAAGCAGCCAAAGCGUGUUGUGAAGCCUCGCGUCUACUUUGACCUGGUGGACUACGACUCCGAUCUCGAUGACAAAGCUUUUUCAAGCUCUGCCUCGCCAGCCAGGAGAAGGGGCACUGGAUCCCGUUUUAGUCAAGACUUUGUGUCAUUGGAUGGAUUCCUUGGAGACAUUUCAGAUGAAGAAGUCAGGCAUCGAAAGUCCAGUUCACACCGUGUACCGCCUGUUCGACGUAAACCUGAGAAGGGUCUGUCAUCUCAGGGUCCUUUGGAGCAGACUCCUCCCAGUGUCCUGGCUGCCCUGGCCCAUGGAUAUGAGCAGAGAGAGGCUGAGUCUUCGAAACCUACUCAUAAAAUCAGGGUUGACUUCAAGGAGGACUGUACUCUGGAAAACGUCUGGAAUAUGGGUGGUUUGAGUAUAUUGACCUCUGCACCACUCAUGCCACCCUAUGUCUGCUUCCUUUGUGCCAGUAAAGGGCAACAUGAGAUGCUGUAUUGCCAAGUAUGCUGUGAGCCCUUCCACCAGUUUUGCCUUGAACCAGCUGACCGCCCCUCCGAGGAGAACAAAGAAAACUGGUGCUGCCGUCGCUGCAAGUUUUGUCACGUGUGUGGCAGGAAAAAUAAGCACUCGAAGCCAUUGUUGGAGUGUGAACGUUGCCAGAACUGUUAUCAUCCUUCGUGUCUGGGGCCUAACUAUCCAAAGCAAAACAAGAAGAGGAAAGCUUGGGUUUGUAUGACAUGUAUCAGGUGUAAAAGCUGUGGCGUCACACCAGGGAAGAGUUGGGACACUGACUGGAACCAUGAAAAAGGACUUUGUCCAGACUGUUCAAAACUCUAUGAACUGGGUAACUACUGUCCGAUCUGCUUCAAGUGCUAUGAGGACAAUGACUAUGACAGUCAGAUGAUGCAGUGUGGCACGUGUAACCACUGGGUACAUGCCAAGUGUGAGGAUCUAACAGAUGAGCUAUAUGAGAUCCUGUCCAGUUUGCCAGAGAGUGUGGUGUACUCAUGUCGACCAUGCAGUGUAACCCAGCCCAGUGCCUGGAGAGAGUUGCUCUACAUUGAGCUCAGAGCCGGGGUGGAGAAGGUGCUGGCUUGCUUGCUCUCCUCCACCCUUACCCAGCACCUUGUUGCCUGCUCACAGUGUGAAAAGUUGGUUGAUCCUGACAGUGGAAUUGAAGGACAGCCAGCCUGUGACCUCCGAGCUGUAGGCAAGAAGUUUGACAAAGGCCUUUAUACCACGUUGAAAAUGUUCCAUGAAGAUGUGGUUCAGGUGGUGCGAAAGAGGCUUGAGCAAGAGGAGGAUCUUCCAGAGGAGCAGAGACCAACUGCCUUGGCACGCUCUUACUACUUAAAGCUCCUCGAGGAAGUGUUUAAUUGGUUCAACAGCCAAGACCCAAAGGUGUGGAACCCUUGUACCAAAGACUUGCCCAUGGGGAUGCUGUCCCAAGCUGUUCACCCUCCUACGACGGAGCAUGUUUACGCCCAGUGGCAGGAGAGGGAGAGGGUCUCAUCCAGGGCUCCCCUGGGGCUCCUGCAGGAGGACAACGGACAAAGCUUAGAUGUAAAGGAAGAAGAGGCAGUUUCUCCGUUGUCUGGGGAGCCAACAAGCCGAAACCACUUCAAAACCAGCAGGGCUGUCAGGCUCAAAUUCAAAGGGAAAAGGGGCCGCCUUUCAAAAGCUGAUUUAGACACCGGAUGGUCUAAGGAUGAUGAGAGACAGUGCUCUUUGUGCCAAAAGUAUGGUGACCUCAAACCUAAUGAAGCAGGCAGGUUGCUUUACUUGGGCCAGAAUGAGUGGGCACAUGUCAACUGCAGUCUGUGGUCAGCUGAGGUAUUUGAAGAGGACAAUGGCUCUCUGCUGCAUGUACACAGUGCUGUCACAAGGGGCCGACUGAUGCGAUGUGAACGCUGCAACCAGACGGGUGCCACGGUGGGCUGCUGUCUGACAUCAUGUCAAAGCAACUAUCACUUCAUGUGCGCUCGCUCCCGUCACUGUGUGUUCCAGGACGAUAAGAAGGUCUACUGCUACAAACACCGACAUCUCAUCAGUGGGAGGAUGAUUACUGGUCAAGAAUUUGAAGUAAACCGCAGGGUUUAUGUAGACUUUGAGGGCAUCAGUCCCCGCAGAAAGUUCUUGACCGGCCUGGAACCAGAAUUAAUCAACUUGAUGAUUGGUUCCUUACAGAUAGACCAACUGGGCAUGCUGACAGAACUUUCAGCUUGCAAAGGAAAACUGUUUCCUGUGGGGUUUCAGUGUACUCGUUGGUACUGGAGUACAGUCAAUCCCAUGCGCCGGUGCAAAUACACAUGCACUGUGCGAGAGGUUCGGCCCAUUGUCCCUGAGAAGCCUGUCGAGGAGAUGCCUGACCAGGGAGACAAUCACACCAUUGCUCACAGUCCCUGUCCACUGCCUGAAUCUGAAGCCCAGGAGACUGACAUAACAGAACCCCAACCCCCAGCAGAGGAAAACUUACUCCCAGGACCUAACCCCAAGUCAGAUCAUGGUGCAAGGCCAAAGAUUCCCAGGAGACCAGCUGGAGGAAUGUCCCGACCUCUGCCAUCCCCAGGAGCACUCCAGUUGAAACCCCACCACAUAUUAACCAUAAGUGAUCUGGAGGAUACUCGAAGGGUUCGUCGCCACAGCCCACACCCGCAGACAACGGGCCUCCGCAGUCACAUGCCUCCCCCUCCUCUGGGCCCUCUGCCUGGACCGAUCACCCUCCGAGCUGGAAAGUCUUCCCUCUCCACUUCUCCGCUGUUCCCACUCGGUGCUCCAGACAACCUGUUAAAUUCUCCAUCAUCCCGCUCAGGCGGAGGUAGAAGUGCUUCCGCAGCCCGAUGUCCUGGAAAUACAAUGACUCAUUGUACCUCAUCUUUCUUUCCUCAGUCUCCCUGGCAGGACAGUGCGGCAAGCUUUCCCUCUCCAAGUCUGUCUUUCUCUCCAUCCAUACAGCAUCUACCCAGAAAUCGAUUUUCAUUUGAUCUGAACCAGCCAGAGUCAGUGGAGGUGCCGCACAACUUCUUAGCUUCACCAGAACCUGAAGAUGUCUCUCCAGCGAAUGGUACAUCACCCCAGGGGGAUUUAGACCAACAGAAGGAUGAAGAGGAAUUCCCUUACAGUUCAUUCCACAAGGAUCCCAACAUGAGUCUGGGCCAAGAGAUGAGGACUGAACUGGAAAUUGAAGAGACACUCCUGAGUGAAGGCGUGGCAAUGAACUGUGGGGGACAAAUAGUGGUAGAAGGCGAUGAUCAGGAGGAAUUUUGGGGAAGAACCCAAGAGGUACACAAGCGAAAGACUCUCGUUGCUAACCUGCCACGGUCUGCAGCCUCAGCCAGGGAUGACUUAGGCAACACCUCUUCUGAUGAUGAUAUGGAGCACUAUUUUGACUUCUCGCGGACAAUAGUCAGCUGUCCCGGAUCAAAAGAUUCCAGAUCUCCCUCCUCCCCUUCUUCCCGGCCUAUGACUCAGCUGGAUGGUGUAGAUGACGGUACAGAGAGUGAUGCAAGUAUAGCGACCAACGAUGAUGCUCAGAAAGCUGAGGGUUCUACUCAAGCUCAGAUACAAGCCAAAAGCCUAAAUAAUAAAAAUGUCCCUCAAUCAGACGCUGCAAACAGCACACAGGCUGUUCAGAGCUUGUUUCCCAAAGCAUCAUCCAGUCAGAAGCACAGUGAAUCUUCAUCAGACAGCAUCUCUGUUGCCAGCAAAAGUUCUACGGAUACAUCUAAAUCCCAUGAUGCCAGCCAGUCAAACGAAGACAACAUGUUAUUUGUUUCUCCGCAAAUUUCCGGGAACCCUCCAGUAAAAGAGCAAAGCUCUGACACUCCUUUAGUAAAUCAGGAGACUGUGCUUCCAACUCCAGUUCGUGAUGCUCUGCCUAAUUUAUUCACAAAGGUGCCUGAGACCUCCUUUUCAGAGGAGUUAUUCCAGGGUUCCAGUUUAGGUUUUGCCUCUGGAACACCUCUUCUUCUUGAGAGAUGUGACACAAGUCCACAUUUAACUGAGAUGGUUCCUUUGCUUGAAGGUACGCCGCUUGAGACCCAACAAUCUGAAGCCCGUAAACCCCUGAACUCAGAGCCUGACAGCAGCCACUCCACAGUAUUGAACCACCUCACGGCAAAUACAACGGAACCCUCAUUAGCCGAUUCUGCUGAUAACAGUCAGGGCGCCCUGCUGGAUCUUCUUCAGCCUUCCCCUGUAGUGUCCACAGAUGUUCAAAACCCUUCUCAAGGCCUUGUAGACUCUCUGCAGAUGUAUUCCUGUUUCAGUCAGCCCCCUAUAACAAGUAUUACACUUCAGCCAGUAACAUCCUCGCAAGAGGCAACAACCUUCCCAUCCAUGGGGCCUUUGUCUACCAAACUUACUACCCUCAGUACCGUUGGAGACGUGACACAAACACUGCUAAACGUUGGCCCUCAAAACGAUCCAGUGCUAUCAGCUACAUCAGGCACUUGCCCCUCAGCAGGAACAUGCGCAACAGUGUCUCUCCCUAUUUUCUCCACACAAACACAGCCAUUGGGUUCCACAGCUGUCACCAUUGUUUCUUCUUCUGCAUCACUGUCGUCUCUGUCUGGGCUGUCGACACACUGUCCAACAGCUCCAACGCCAGGCCAAACCACCUCAGCCCCUGUGAUCUUAAAUGGUUAUAGCUCUUCAUCUGUGCAGAAGGAAGCUACAUCAGGUCACACUAUCUCCAUCAACUUUUCUACACCCAGGCCAGCUUUAGAACCGCAGCAGCCAGUGGUUCCCCAGGCUUUACCUGGACAUGCUAUUCUUACUGUGAAGGAGGUGGGAGGUCCAAAUGUGGACCCCACACCACAUGUCCUGCUGGUGAACCGCCUCGGGCAGAUCUUCGUCAAGAACCCAGAAAGCAACACUUUCCAGUUGCCCACUCCAACCUCUCCCUCCUACAACUGUGUCACUCAGAUAGCCAGCCUUUUACAGAGCAACGCACUGUCAGCCACACUAGCAGCAGCUGGUAAUAUGUCUGCUCCAACUGCCGGGGCCAACGUUGCGACAGCAGUUCCUCCGUUGGUUACACCCACAGUUCAGAAUCCAACCACAAUUACACAGCUGCUCACUCACAAUAGCAACGGUGCAGUGGCGUCAGUUAAUGCGAAGAAGUCGAGAAAGAGUGCAAAAACACCAAAAGAUGAAACCAAUCCAGAGCUGAAAAAAGCAAAGAAGAAGAAGGAUUCCAGUGCAUCCAGAAAAUCCAAGUCAUCCAAGGCCUUAGGGCAGCCUGCUCCGCCUACUGAGACUCCUCCCAUGACUCCUGCAGAGAGUGCUCAAGCAAUUAUCAAUCAAGCAAUGGCGAGUAACUACACCCCCAAGUGGAGUGGGCUUCGAACUCUAAGCCCUUCCUCACUGGUUUUACCACCUGACCUGUUAAUUGAACCGGAGCCUCCAGGGCUGGAGCCUUGCCCUCCAUCAGUACCACCAGCACCAGCUCCCGCACCCCGACCUCGCACCCACGUCCGCAUGAAGAGAGUGUCUUCGCUUUCAGACCGCAUUGUCACAAAGAAGUCUAAAGUUGACUUCCUAAAACCAGAGCCUCUCAGUGAGGAUGAGGAGCGACGCAGACCUGUCUUCCCGAGCAUCUCCAGCAGGGCUUCAGGAGUCCGCAUCAAGACCCCAACAGUGAAAGGAGUGCUGAACCUGGACCAGUUAAAGGAGGAGCGUAUGAGUGAUUCUGAUAGCUCAGGAUCAGAGCCGUGGGAUUAUAUGUCUCGUGGUGAGCAAGGCAAACAACAGGCAUGGGAACCAGUGGGACACAGCACCCUGACUGACUGGAAGAAAUACUCUGGCGCUGCUUCUACCUCAGAUGAUGAAUCACCACCAUCUGACCAGGAUGAGGAAUCUCCAAUCAACAGAGACCAGCCACACUUGAGAUUUGAGAUCACCAGCGAUGAUGGUUUCAGUGCAGAGGCAGACAGUAUUGAGGUGGCUUGGAAAGCAGUGAUAGACGGGGUGCAGGAGGCACGAGCUAUUGCCAGGUUGAGACCUCUGACCUUUCAGAGGAUCACUGGUCCCCGUAUGAUGGGUCUGGUCCAUGAUGCUGUGGUGUUCCUGCUGGAGCAACUUGAAGGAGCCCACCGCUGCCAACGCCAUGCCUUCCGUUUCUUCAAACAGUGCACGCAGGAUGACGACCUCCCUGUCAAUCCCAGUGGUUGUGCCCGCUCUGAGCUGUACCUUAGGAAGUCCACAUUUGACAUGUUUAACUUCCUAGCUUCUCAGCAUAGACAGCUUCCUGACAUUGGGCCUUAUGACGAUGAGGAAGACGAGGUUCUUUUGAAGUCCACAAGACGGGCCACUAGCUUGGAGUUGCCCAUGGCUAUGCGUUUCAGACAUCUGGAAAGAACAUCCAAGGAGGCUGUAGGCGUGUACAGGUCUGCUAUCCAUGGCCGCGGUCUGUUCUGCAAGAGGAACAUCGAAGCAGGGGAGAUGGUUAUUGAAUACGCCGGCAUCGUCAUCCGCUCAGUGCUCACUGACAAAAGGGAGAAGUACUAUGACGGCAAGGGCAUCGGCUGUUACAUGUUCCGCAUUGAUGACUUUGAUGUGGUGGAUGCAACCAUGCAUGGCAACGCAGCCAGAUUCAUCAACCACUCCUGCGAACCGAACUGCUACUCUCGAGUGAUCAACGUGGAAGGCCGGAAGCACAUCGUCAUCUUUGCUCUUCGGAAGAUCUACAGGGGGGAGGAGCUCACCUAUGACUAUAAGUUUCCCAUUGAAGACGCCAGCAGCAAACUCAACUGUAACUGUGGGGCCCGGCGAUGUCGGCGUUUCCUCAACUGAGACAUCCCUCAAUUGAAAAGGGGAGGAUCCUGUUUACUUGUAAGCCUUAAAUUAAGGUGGAUUGGGCUUGGGGAGGCAGCAGGCUGUCCGCACAGAAGGGGAAUUAGCCACUAUGAGACCAGCUGAGAAUAUUCGGCUGGUCAGAAGUGAUUUAUGUGGACAUUUUUAUGGAUCGUAGAGGAAGAAGAGCCUUGAAUCUGCACAGAAAGUUCAUACCAGGCAAGUUUAAGUUUCCUAUCUUGUCUGUGAAAGAGUUUAGAUGUACAGCUACCACAGCAACAUCACCACAAAGUAAAUAUUGUUGAGGAAGUGGUUUUGGUUUCCAUGAAAACAGAGACUUUAAACCUGAUGUUGAAAUCGUAGGGGGGUUCCUGGAUCCAUAUGGAUGAAACCAACAGAAUUUCUUUGAAACACACGUCAAGCCUUAUCUGUUUGAAUCAUUGCUGAAAACCUAUAGCUAGGCUCUGAGAGAUUCCUUAUAUGUUUUAUCCGUUUCUGGGGGGGGGGG